UAUCUUUGCAUUGCGUGUCCUUAUUCUUCGACGUUCAUUCAUAGCUUUUCUGCGUCCUACGUGAUCGAUCGAUAUACACGCGUGUUUACCUAUGCGACAUUGCGUCAGAUUAGUUACAUAUGUACGAGUAUAUGCGUCCGUUCAUUCGCAUCGAACCAAGAACAAGAAAGAAAACAAGAAUAGGGCGAUUUAUCGUGGAUAAAACGAGAAAGAGAGAGAUUUAUCUUUAUUUUCUCUCGCAAGUUACAAACGAAAGAAUUUCUAAGAAACGAUCAUGUUGCAACAUAUUCUUUCGAAUCGAUAAACGCUUUUACGGUGACAUUGGCGAGAAUUUAGAGGCCGUCCGCCUUUGGUUAUCGACUUGUAAACAUAGUUGGCCGUAAUCGUUACGAAAUGCAGAAAAUAAAAGAGGCGUCGUCUUUUUCGUGUCAUCGGGGUGAAGCGGUAACAACGGCGCAGAGAGCGCAGAAUCGAGGAGGGCGCGGACAUCGGGACGAAGAAACAUACUAAAGAAGAAUCCUGAAGGAGAUAAUAGAGAUGAAUAUACCGAAGAGCGAUGGCCUCCUGUCGGUGGUCUUGCCUUCCGAAAUUCCAUCUUCGGCCAGUUCGCAGCAGCUCUUUAUAAAUCAGGACCAACAGGAGCAGGACGAGGAAGCUUCGGACUGUCCACUCUUGACGCCGAGUCCACCUCCGGCCGUGCAGAUAAAUAAUUCUCUCGAAUCGGCGACGCCUAUAUACAGGCCUCUCGAAGGAGCACCUUUGGAAAUGAUAACAACGCCAACGCUAGAAAAUAUUAACGAGGAGGACGGGCUCAAUGCGUUCAUGAAUCUCGUAAACAGUUCGUCUAAACCUCUUCACGAUGAACCGAGUUCGCGCGAUCCGAUGGUGGAAUCGAGCACGAGCGGUAGCAGUAGUGAUACGAACGAGCCGGUUUGCGCUCAAUUACUUACACAGCUGAAUACCGCUUAUCAACAUUUAGCACCAGACGCUCAAGCUCUAUUUUACAAUCAGGAGAACGGUGGGAAGCCACCGCUCGUUGGAAUACAACUGGUCGUGCCAAAGUCUCCGAAAGAUUAUCGAUUUAUGAAAUGGAACUGGCCACUGAUAAGAAAAACUUGUUUUUGGUCGUUGAUGUCGAUCCUGACUGGAUGCACUGCUCUUGUCAUAGGGGUCCUCGCGACGAUGCCUAAAAAAUGCGAUCCUUCGAUAGAGUGGUGGCAAGGAAACGUCUUCUACGAGAUCUUUCCAGCUUCCUUUCAAGAUUCCUCAAAAGGCGGCGACGGUAUCGGCGAUUUGCGUGGUAUCACGAUGCGAUUGGAUUACCUAAAGAGACUCGGCGUUCGUGGAAUUCGUCUAAACUCGAUAUUUCCGGCGCCGCACUAUCCGGAAUAUUAUUCGGACAUCAGCAAUAUGACGGAUAUAAACGUGAAUCUCGGUACGUUGAAGGACUUUGAAAAACUCCUAAAUGAGAUACAUCGUAGAAACAUGAGCCUUAUCCUCGAUCUACCGCUUUAUCCGUACGUGAAGACGCUUCAAGGUGAGGAAAUGACCACGAACAGGACGAACAAAGAGAUCCGUGAAAGAAGAGACCUGAUCGAGAAUUCGAUGCUCGAGGAUAUGGUUACGACGACGACGACGACGACGACGACGAUGACACCGUCGAUUAAAAAUAUUGGAAAUACUUUGUCGGUGAUUAGCAGUACUCUAGGACCGUUCGAAGAACCAAGAGCUCUACCAGUCGUUUCAUCGGAUUCGAUCGUUAAUGAACGUUCGAUCGGUUCGGCCAUUAAAACGUGGAUCGAUAGAGGCGUCGAUGGAUUUUAUUUGAAGGGUCUCGAACGUUACGUUCACGAAAGCAGUUUUCCCAAUAUCAUAAAGCAUUGGAGGUCUCUGCUUGGACCUCGAAAGAUACUCAUUUGUCAUGUCGACGCGCUUAACGCUGCGAUGCAUUUCGAGGCAUCCAAAAAGACGAUACUUACGAGAAUAGAUCUGAUCGACGUCACAUUACGCGUAUCCAAUGGUACCGAGAACAUAAAGGCUCAAGUGGAAACCAUAACGAAAGGUAUACUUUUCGAGAAAGCAUCUUACCCGUGGGUACAUUGGUCCGUUGGUGGCGUUGAUUCGAGAAGAAUUGCUUCCAGUAUCGACGUUAAGAACGCUUCUAUGGCUGUUUCCCUUUUGGCCUUGAUGCUUCCUGGAACACCCAGUAUAUUUUACGGGGACGAGAUAGGUAUAAUGGAUUGCGAAUGCGAGGAUCAUCAAGAUCUGGCACAUUUGCAUAAUCUCGCGCCGAUGUAUUGGGAGAAGAAGGACGGAUUGGAUGACAAGUUUGCGUCGGUCGGUGUCACUGCCUGGUUGCCCGAGGCUUCGAAACCAUUAGAAACCAGUUUGAUCGGGACGAUCGGGGAGAUUAUUAAACUGAGAUCUAACACCCCGACGAUUUACGUUAAAGCUAUUUCUAAGGAUAGCGAUGUCAUGGCCAAUUGUGAUAUUAGGUACACGAAGGAUGAGAUAAUCGUGAUAGAACGUUGGUAUCCACGGAGAAAUUCGUACGUAUUUGUCGCUAAUCUCGGCAAUGCGUCCAAACAGAAGGAUUUGUCGUCUCUUUAUUACGGUGGUCAUGUUGUCGUCGGACCAACCAAUAGAUUGAAUCAAGACGUUUUCUUCAAGGAACUAAACGUUCCACCUGGCGAGGCUUUCGUCAUCAAGUUGGACAAGUGAGAGAGGAAGCUUAUAAGCGAGCUUGAAAGUUGAAGAAGAAACAUUUAUGAAAUCAAUCAAUCAACAUUCAUGUCUGAGUCAUAUUUUUUUUUUUUUUUUCGGUGACACGUCUAGUGCCAAUUGUGAUGUAUUAUCCUACGGAAGGAGUUUCAUACUCCUUGUGGUGCAAGGUGCGCGCCGUAAAUAGUUCAAGUUCCUCUUUAUGAUUGUAGAUAAAAGAGAUUCGCGUUUUCUUACAACUCGACAAGUCAAAUUCUUUCUUAUUUAUAGUCUAAUUCUUUCUUAAUUGCUCGUGGGAACUGGCAAACAACCAGUUAACUCUUAACGAACAUAAAGCGACCGUUUUAUUGAAAUUGAUUUCUAAACGAGAGAAAACGACACAUUUAAAGUGUUCCGUAAAGUUCUAUGAUAUGGUCCUCUGCGAAAUGGUUCUGAUAUAUGGUUCCUCGAUAUGGUUCCUCGAUAUGGGCUUUAGCAAACAUGCUACUAACGAAGACACUUCGACUUCACAAACCGAGUUUAUCACAUUGUACAAGUCUCUAUGUGUUCACUAUCUUUAAUAAUCUGGCCUGUGGAACUUAUGCUUUAACGAUGCUUCAAUGACACGACGAAAAUUCCCUUUUUUUUUUUUUUUCUUUUUUCCCAUAAAAUGUUCUUCUAUUUGUAAUUUUAACAGUUAAUAACUAUUCAUCGAAACGUUUCUAUUUCUCGUAAUUUUAAGUAAUACAAAUAAAUUAAAAAUACUUUUAUGAGAACAUUUUUUAAGCGAUAAUAUCUUUUUAAUACGAAUGCACUCGUCGAGAGCGUCAGUUUAUUUUUUAUUCGAUCGAUCGUAAUUAAAACAAGCUUACGUUCGAAUUACAUAUUUUCUCUACAUAUAAUAUAUCUCUUGACGCGUGUGUGCGCUUGUGUAUGUUACUUACGUAAGUACCUUAUCAUUCGUAACAUAGUAUACAUCCAACAGAUAUUUUCUAUCCCAAUAUUAAAUAAAUUAAUUCGUUUUCAUCUGUA